UCAGCCAUGACGCUCAUCCCGAUCGGCUGUGGGUGCGGAGCAGGCAUAUUUAGAGACAUCCACUGAAGCCUCCGCUCUGGAGCUUUCCAUGAGCCUCUGUCUUCUCCUCCCGAGUCCAGCUUUCCAACUUUUCUUUUGCUGCUUGCGUUUGGGCUCAAGAAAGACCAAACUCACGGAGUGAUCUAUCUCAUCUGAUACCGUCCUAGCACACAGUCUACCAUGUCAUCAGCUGCAGUCUCCUCUCCUCUGCAAGCCAAUGGCUCACAGAAAUCACAAAGUCUGAGCGGGAGCGAGGAUAGUCUCCUGUCUCCCUCUCUCGACGCCUUCGCAGCUUUAAGCAGUCCAAAAAUCCGAACGACACGUGAGAUACUAUUGAAAUCGCAGUCCCUUGUACGCCCUAGCUUUUGGCGCUCUACGAGCGUCGCAUUCGAGGGCCAGAAUUCCGUUCAUGACUUUCUCAACAUUCUGAAGAACGAGCGCCUACGACACAUGCCCCAUGAUGGCUCUUACUGGGAUAGAAUACUCAGAUGGGCUGACAACAUCGGAGGCAUUGUCCUCCUUUCCCAUGACGUCCUCAAGGACUUCAUGCUGAAUAGUGAGGAUGCUACUCGUCUCAUAUGCGACAGCUGCACUGCGCUCAUUCGGUUGGGCAACAAGCAUGUCAACGUUCUCCUGAAGGCUUUCAGCGUCUUCCACAAAAUGGCUUUCGCCCUGUCCACAUUCCUUCGUCAAACCCAUAUUAUCCAGUCCACUCCUGAUGCUCGGCGUGAGCUCGCUCAUGCCUUCCAAAAAUGGGCACGCUUUACGUCUGACGUCAAAGAAUAUCUGACUCUCGCUUGCCGUGGUGUGCCGAUCAAGAUCGCCGGCUUCGUAGAUCUGGACACUGUAAUCUCCUUGGGAACUGCGUCCUUCUACAGCCAUCUGGAAUCGGUGUCCAUCUCGAUGUGGGGGAGCUCGCAUUAUAACCUGCAUGAGAUCAGAGAGUUCCUGUCUCCUCAAGACUCUGUGGUCAAAGCCAUCAUGUCUAACCAGCUCUACUCCGAAUCUAAGCGCGCCGAGUACACCUGCGACUGGUUCGGUCCACGCCUGAGAAAGUUUUCCAAGGACACAAGUGGAAAGAACAUUUUACUGAUCACUGGCGGUGCCUGCACCGGUAAGACGGUCCUUUCGCGUUGGAUCCAAGAGCAGGAAUUUGUCGAAGACGAGCUUGUCGCAUAUGCCGUCGAUACCAAUGUCAAGUACACCACCAGCCCACUGUCACUCAUCAAAAGCUUGGUGCUCCAACUCCUCGAUCGGAGGAUCGGCCGAGAAGGCCUGCUUGCCCGGAUUGCCAAGGCGAUGGAGCAUGCUCAAAAUGGCUGCCCUUCUUCUGAAGUGGAAGCCACUCUCUGGUCUGCGCUUGAGGCGUCUUUGGACAACAGGAAGCUGCUGAUACUUAUCGAUGGGCUUGACCAACUGGCUGGCUCCCGGAUCGGUAACCCGCAGAUACUGGAGACGCUCCACAGGAUUACUAAAUCGAGACGUAAUGUCAAGGCAAUCAUUCUCAGUCGCCCCGUCAGCGAGGCCGCCCGAAAGCACUGCCAGGAAUUCUUGGUUCUGGAAGACCUUCAAGAAUCAAGCAACGAUAUUCGCAACUACGUUGAGGACUUUAUCCAACACAACGCCAAUCUGCGGAAUCUGACGGAAUCCGAGAAGUCUGAGAUUGUACGGCAGUUCGCUGAAAGUUCGCAUCGCUCAUUCCUUUGGGCAGAGCUGCAGCUCCAAGCCAUCGAACACGAAAACUCGGCAGCGGCCAUUUUGAAAGCUUGUCAAACGGCCCCUAAGACUGUGGACGAGUACAUUGAUCACCUGACAGCAACACGUUUAGAUGCCAAACGCAUGGAGACAAAGAAUAUCCUCUCCUGGGUGUUGGCGGCUGAACGCCCAUUAACUUUGAAGGAAAUCAAGGCUCUCCUUGAGGUCAACCCUGACGAGUGUGCCUUUCGCCCCUACUCGGGCGACGUAGAGGCAUUAAUUCGUCAGCUCUGUGGCUCAAUUGUUGUCAUCCAGGAUAAUCUAGCCUAUCUAAGGCAUCCUAGCAUACGUGAACGACUCCUGGCGACCACAUCCGCGGGCAGCAAGGGUCUAGUCAUCGACCUCAAGGAAGCCCACAAAUCAUUGGCAACUCGCUCACUUACAUAUUGCAAGAUCAAUCUCCUGCCGCAUGAUGACCUAGAUCCGCAGGUUGAAUUCUACGACACAAAGGAAAUGGCAGAGAGCUUCGGACGCCAUGCCUUGUUCGAAUAUGCGGCGCGUUACUGGAUCCUCCACUUCCGUUCUUCGUCUCUCUACGACAAGAGCACGAAAAAGUUCAACCUCUCUGCCCAAUUCAAGAUCUGCUUUGCGGCUACAGUACGCCUCGCACUCUAUGAGGGGUCCUGCCUAGGACGCCAGUACAUUGCCGUAGAGGCAGAAACUCUUCAAGACCUCGCCUUUUCCAUUCGCAGGACGCUACUUGGCGAGCGUUCCGCUGCUGUUUUGCAGAGUUUGUUGAUGGAACUGCGCAUUGGAAAGGGAUUCAAAGAUGCUCACGUCCUGUCCGAGUACUCAUACGAGGCCUUCAAGGUCAGCCGGCACGUCUGUGCUGAGAGCGUCGUAUUAGCUCUGGCGGAGUUCUUCAUCAAGUACUCCGCUAGCCUGGAGAUCUCGAAGCAUAAAGAGUUCCGCGAGAAGAAGAUCGAGGUGUUGAACUAUCUCAUUGAGGUGUACGAACGGGGACAAAUUGAGUCUAAACAGAUUACGUAUCUCGGAUACCUGGCGGAACUAUACGUCGACAUCAAAGACAUCCGUCAGGCUGUUGUCAUCUACCGCAAGCUGUACAGGCUGCGUCUCCAUGCAUAUGGGCAUUUGCACUCCGAAACACAUGCACUCUUCCAGCUUCUAAUCACCUACCUAAAGCAGCUCUCAUACUACGAUGAGGUGUUGUCGCUCACACUGGAGUAUCACGAGUACCUUGAAGAGACGCUGGCCAUCACGGAUCACCGGCGCAUCGAGUCAACCUUACAUAUCAUCAGCAUCUACGAGGAGCGCAAGGAGUUGUUCCAAGCGGAGCAGGUCCUGGUUCGUUUUUGGAAGAGCGUAUCGAGCGCUCAAGUGACCGCGCGUAUCGUUGAGCUGAAGGUCGAGUUUGCUCUCAGGUAUACCGAAUUCCUCCAUCGGUAUGAGCGCAAGGAGGAAUGCGAGGUCGUCCUUCGCGGGCUUUGGACGGAGAUCCAGUCUUAUAGCUAUGAGUACAGGUACGAGUCCAAGAUGAUCAAGCGUGUGCAGGAGAUUGCGGAGUACUUCUCGAAGUUGGAGAUCUUCUCCAUGUCCCGCUCCAUCUAUCAGAGCAUUUACGAGUACUACGAAAGCCGGGAGGAGCGCACUUCCGUCGAAUGCAUCACGAUUGUGCGAUAUCUCGCAGAAACGAUCACCAAGUCUUUCUCUUACAGCAAGGAAACCUCGUCUUCCUCAACUACCACGACCUCAUCCACCACAGUGAUUUCCAAGGAAGAGAAGAAGACGCUGACGGAGAUCUUCGAAAGCUCGUUGGAAUCGACCGAAGUCACAUCAACGGCCAUAGCAAUCUGUCAGGCCUUGUGCUCUAGCUACGUCCACGAAGAGCGUUAUGAAGAGGCAUGCGAAAUCUACAUGCGAGUCAUAAGCAAAGUCUGGGCUUCCAUCGGGAUCAUUACAUCCUCCACGGAUAUUACCAUCCUGAGCGAACGCCUCACUGUGGAGAUUGUGGAGCUAUGCAUCGGCCUCGCCGAAUGCCAUUUCAAGAUGCUGCACCUUGAGAUUGUCGAAGCAAUUUAUCUCAACAUCUUCCGCGCCCUGAUCUGCGUCCGCCAUAUCGAAAACAAACAGUACAUCCUUGAAAGAAUCCGGACAAUUAUUGCAUUCUUCGAGUUGACCUACAAGUAUGAACGGGUCAUUGAAAUCUAUCGAGAGCUGUUCAUCUGGAUGCCGAUCUGCUUCGGGAAGACACAUCGCGAGACAAUUCGCAUUCUCAUCGAGUUUGCGCGUAUCUGCUUCCGCCUGCGCCUAUAUGAUGAGGCAUCCACGGCGUGCUUCUAUGUGUACUCGUGCUUCCACACCGCCGAAGGUUGCCUGCGCAUUGAUGGGUUUGAUGCCGCUAUCCUUCUGGCCGAGAUUUAUGAGAUACAGGGCAAGUGGCAUCUCGCCUAUGAGGUGUAUCGCUAUCUCUGGAGAACCUUCAUUCACUUCGGAGCAGAGUACAAGAUAGAGGCAACUGUCAUCCAGAAGAUCUACGAACGAUACAUCUUCAUUUUGGAGCACAAGGAACUCGUCGACAUCAGCCUGCUCAUCGAGAUUUCCAAGGAGUAUCACCACCAUUGCCUGAGCUUGUAUAAGCAUCACCAUGAGGUUACGAUCCGAGCCGCGCUGGCAUACGCCCAGUUUUGUGAGCACAAGGAGGAACAUCGUGAACUAGCCAUCUCACUCUAUCAGGAGGUACUCAAGUACUGCAAGACGACCGAGACCGAAUUCUCGAGGAAGAUCGUUCAUAUCUGCAAUACACGCGUCGCCAGACUGUAUUCUUUCAGCACCAAGGAGAUCAGCAAGGCCGUGGAAAUAUAUCAUGAGGAGUUUGAGAUGAGCAAGAAGAUCAGUCGAACAUCGACGGAAACAUUGACUGCGCUUCAUAGUUAUGUCUCUACGUGCAAGAAGCAGAGCACGACUGAGUCAAUCACCAGGGCUACUCACACCCUCAAAACUAGCGCCUUGGAGAUCUUCCAUCAGGAGAGCAGUUCGGAAACUCUCAUAACCUCCGCCAGAAGUAUUGCCAAGACCUACAAGGAGUGCAGCUUCACCGAACAGGCGCAGUCACUCAUUGUUGAGAUGAGAAGCAAGCUUGUCGAAGAGGUCAGGGCGACAGCCACCACUACGACCGAAUCACAUUACAACUCCUACAUCUUCCUGGCCUCCUUCCAGGAAGCCAUCUCUGAGUCUACCUCGUUCACAACUGUCAUGUCUGAAAUUCGCGAGGAGAUUCUGCUUUACCAGUCCUACUUCAAGGCGACCUCGACCAAGACAGAUUACCGCUCGAUCAUCAAGGCAGGACGUGGUCUCUACUUCCAUCUCCAGCACAAGUCCGAAUACCACGCCGAGUUCAUCAACAUCAAGAAGGAGCUCGUUGAGUACUUCUACAGGUACCUCGAUUUCAAGCGAACCGUCAACCAAUCUGUCAUCGAUGUAUUCUUCCAGCUCUAUAUUGAAGAAGUUACCAAGACCCGCUACGAGCAUGAAGUCAUCAAACGUGCACUUGACAAGGUGCACGCAUAUACCAAGUCCGCUAAGUUUGUGGAGGCGUACGACCUUGCCCUGCUCAUGGAUCGGUUCAUUCACCUUCAUGGUGGCUUCGAGUCAGAAAGCUACAUACGUAUCGGCUUCACGCUCGCCAAGUACCUUGUUGGUGUUGGAACGAACAAGUGCGGCGACCAGAAACUGUACGCUGCCAUGCUGGACUUCUCACGCAUCGUCCUGCAGGAAUCUCUCAAGGGCCUUGACAGAGUUGAUAUUGAGUUGGACGAGCUUCAGCAGCUGCUUGCAGAUCUGAUCAGCACAUUGAGCGUGGCAAAGAAAUACGAAGAUCUCGAGCGCAUCCUGCAAGCUCUCUGGGAAUCCCGCAAAGUCCGCAAUAAUCUCGCCUCGUCCCCGCUCGUCCUCUACAUCGGCCGCUCCCUCAUCCAAACGCUUGCCUGCCUCAACAAAUUCUCCGACGCCAUCCACCUUUGCUACCACAUCCGGUACAACCUGGCCUACAUCCGCGGCACGCUAGACAAGUCGACCUUGGAGUUCACCGUGCUCCUCUCCGAGCUGUACACCCAGCAAAAGCGCUACCAAGAUGCCAUCGAACUGCACGAAGAUAUCCUCUACCGCCUCAGCGACGGCCAAUCUGCUCCGGGCUUAGACGCCAUCAGCAUCGCCACCACGCACACCGAACUCCUGAAGAUGGCAUACAGGCGCCAAGGAGGCGAUCAAGCACCGCAACAGUACGCGGAGCUCUUCGCCACGCUCGAUCGGCGCUUCGCCGACAAGCAGAUGUGGAAGGAGAAGAGGCCGCAGCUAGACAAGUGGGCCGGGCAGCCGGUCAAGGAAGGAGAGACGUUCGGAUCGUGGAAGAGGCCGGCGAAGUUUGAGUGGCGGUUUGAGGAGGAGGAGACGGUUGCGGAGAAGGGGUGGAGGGAGGAGUUGUCGAAGAGGAGGGUGAGUGGGAAGAUUUGGGGAAGCUCCUCGCGUGCUGAGGAGGAGCAGAGGAGGGGAGUGUAUGUGAUGAAUGGGAAUGGGAGUGUUUAUGGUAAGGAGGGCGCGGUCGAGCAGAAGGAGGCGGUUGAGGUUGAUUGAUGGGUGUUGGGGGAUAUGGGAUGAAUGACGGUUUUCGUAAUGUGCUUUGUAUUGUUGUUUAUAUUGAUUUCUAUGUAACGCUUUUGUAUGCUUCUGGCUUUCGCUCCUCCGUGUCACUACGACAACGGAUA